GCCCGCCGCGUUGGCGCCUUUAGGUUCUAGUGUCAUGUUUUACCUGGCUGCUGCUGUCUCAGAUUUCUACAUCCCUGCCUCCGAGAUGCCUGAGCACAAGAUCCAGUCCUCAGAGGGACCCCUGCAGAUCACCAUGAGGAUGGUGCCCAAAAUGCUUUCUCCUCUGGUCAAAGAGUGGGCCCCGGAGGCCUUUGUCAUUUCCUUCAAACUGGAAACAGAUCCCUUGAUCCUGAUGGAUAAAUCCCGGCAGGCACUGGAGAAAUACAGGCACCAGGUGGUGGUGGCAAAUGUCCUGGAGUCCAGGAGAACCUCUGUCAUCAUUGUCACCAGAGACUCACAGACUCCCUUAGCACUUUCUGAAGAGGAAAUAGCUCAAGGCAUGGAAAUAGAGGAAAAAAUAGUGAGUUACCUUCAGGGCCUGCAUGCUGCCUUUAUAGAGAAGAAAUUCUGAGGAGCAGCUGGGAAUGGAACAAGUGGAAUUGUCCUAGAGAAGGGGGAAGUGGAACUGGAAGAGAUUCUCCAUCCCAGGUAACUCAGUGAGAAGCUGUGGGACAGGGCUGCCCUCCUGGGACAAACAUUUCCCCAGCUCAGCAAUGAGUUCUGCUUCUUGACUUGAAAAAAAGAGAAAAUACAACAAAAUGAAACUCUUCCAAAGGAUGAUCCUUGUUCUGGUGGCUAAGGAAGCAAAGGAUACAUUGCUUUGUUUCUGUCCCAUGGGCUGGGAGUCCUGGGAGGUGGAGAAAUUAUCUGUCUGUAUAUAAAAGAUUUCCU